UGUUGAUUGUCUCGCGUUGUGGCAAUGAAAGUUUCAAGUGCAACCAACGGCACCGUCUUCGACAUCCCACAUCGGCGAGUAAUUUUUACAACUCGAUAUCACGUCCCGUUUCGAAGCAAUUCCUUCCAACUUUCCAUCCGAUACGUUAAAGACUUUCGCGGACCUUUCUUCCUCCUCAGUUAGUAACGAGCUGGUGACCGGUGAAGAACGAGAAAAUAAUUUGGCUGUUAAGAAAAUCACACUGAUUUAAGAUAAUAAGAAUUAAAAGAUUUAUUUUAACAUAAAUCAUGAUAAUUCACUACCAGUACUACUGGGUGUGGAAGUACCUGGCCUUUGCUGUACUUGCAGUCACAUUGCCUAUAGCCGGAUUGGUGGCUUUGAAGAUCAUCCAGAAGCUUUCAUCGGGAAGAUGCAGAAGCAAAGUAUGUCUUGUUGGUAAAACAGCCAUUGUUACCGGAGGUGCAACAGGCAUAGGUUACGAAACAGCUCUGGCCCUGGCCUCGAGGGGAUGCAGGGUAAUAAUAGCGGACAAAGUGGACGCCACCAAAGCCAUAAACCGCAUAACACAACACACAAACAACACCAACGUGGUGCUCAAAUAUCUAGAUUUGUCCUCAUUCCAAUCCGUCCGCAAGUUUGCCAAAGACAUCAAUUCCAACGAAUCCAGACUGGACAUCCUGAUAAAUAAUGCGGGAGUCGGAACGGCCGGGAAUAAACACACCGACGAUGGACUUAACGUCACCAUGCAGAUAAAUCACUUCGGGCCGUUUCUUUUGACUCAUCUCCUCACUGAUUUGCUGAAGAAGUCCGCACCCAGUAGGAUUAUCUUUGUCAGCUCUGCAUCGGCGUUUGUCAACAACUUAUCCUUAUCCAACCUCAACCCAGUAAGAGACCAUCCUUUGAACAUCAUCCGCACGUCCUUCAUCUACGGAAACUCCAAGCUGUGCAACAUCAUCACCGCAAAUUGUUUCGCCGAGAAACUUAAAGACUCAGGAGUCACUUCCAACUCCCUUCAUCCGGGCUUGGUCUUCACCGAUAUUUAUAACAAGUCGGCCAGGUUAUUGGGGCUGGAAACUUUAAGCAACAUUUUCAAAGCCACAGUUGUCUACAUCUAUGGAAAGUCGGUUGAGGAAGGAGCUCAAACUACCAUCCACCUAGCUUGCUCAAACAAGAUGGCGGGGGUCACCGGAAAGCACUUCUGGGACUGCAGGAGCUUCCCUCUGCCACCUGGGGCGUGGAACAAGAAAUUCUGUGCCGACGUUUGGGAAGAAACUGAGAAACUGGUUCAGCUGAAGGAGGAGGAGAAAAUUUAGAAUCUAACUAUGGGAUUAAUUCAUAUUUAUAAUUUAUAUUUUUUAGAUUUUUGUGUUGUCAUUAAAGUUAAAUAUAUUACUUUGU